AUCAGCGCCAGUAGAAUAAUGAGCCGCAAAUGUACUUUUAAGUCAGCUCUUUCUUGAUUACAUCUAUUUCUAAUAUAAAUAUAGCAACGCCAAGGAACAAAUAACGAAGUCAAGGGCUUUUGGUGCGUUUAUAGCUGACCGGAAGCGAUGGCUUUCCUCGGGAAUCUGAGACCGUUGAUGUCAUCUCUCACGAACGUGUCCCAGUGUCUCUCGUCCCUUUGGGCCCGGCCCCCCCUCUCCAGAACCAUGGCGACGCUGAACCAGAUGCACCGGAAGGGCAAGCCCCCCGCGCCCCCCCGCCAGCCAGGGGCCACUGGGGGCCGGCCCCAGCUGAAGGGCGUGGUCCUGAAGACCCUGAUCCGCAAGCCCAAGAAGCCCAACUCGGCCAAUCGCAAGUGCGCCCGCGUGCGGCUGUCGGACGGCCGGGAGGCGGUGUGCUUCAUCCCUGGGGAGGGACACAGCCUGCAGGAGCACAACGUGGUGCUGGUGCAGGGCGGCCGCACACAGGACCUGCCGGGGCUCAAGCUCACCGUGGUGCGCGGCAAGUACGACUGCGCUCACGUGGUGAAGAAGAAACAGUGACCCUGGGGCCAGCUCCGCGCACGGUGCGUCAGUCAGUCCCUCACGGUGCGUCAGUCCCUCACGGUGCGUCAGUCAGUCCCUCACGGUGCGUCAGUACCUCACGGUGCGUCAGACCCUCACAGUCUGUCAGUCAGUCCCUCACAGUCUGUCAGUCAGUCCCUCACAGUCUGUCAGUCCCUCAUGGUGCGUCAGUCCCUCCUGCUCCCUGCGGUCCGUCAGUCCCUCCUGCUCCCUGCGGUCCGUCAGUCCCUCCUGCUCCCUGAGAUCCGUCAGUACCUCCUGCUCCGUGCUGCACUUUCUGAACAACUCUCUGCUAACUUUCUGUGUGCCCGGGCACAGUGGACCUUGCCAUUGAACCUUAUGUGGAGUGAUGUAUUUAAUAAAAAAUGAUUUUCCUUU